CUGUAUAUUUUAAAUAUUCCUUUCUAAAGAAAAGCAGUUUUUGUUAAAAAAGAAAAAGAAAAGAGCCGAGGAGGCGAGUUCCUUCCGAUGGCGGCGGAGAACCUGGCCGGCGAAGCGGCGGUUCCCCUCAGCGGCGGCGAGUCGGAUGUUUCCUUCGGGGCGACGCGUCGCCUGAGCGACCUGCGGGUGAUCGACCUGCGGGCCGAGCUGAAGCGGCGCAGCUUGGACAGCAGCGGCAUCAAGAGCGUCCUCCUCGAGCGGCUCAAGAAGGCUGUUGAGGAGGAGGGGGGAGACCCUGAAGAGAUUCCAGUAGUGACAGAAAUAACCACAAAGAAGACGCCCAAGAGGAACAGCAAAGGGCGUAGACCAGAGGAAGAGGGAGUUGAAGACAACGGGCUUGAGGAGGACUCUGGAGAUGGGCAGGAGGAUAUUGAAGCAAGUUUGGAUAACUUGCAGGAUAUUGACAAGAUGGAUAUUAAUUUGUUAGAUGAAGCUGAAAUAGAUAACGGCAGUGGUGUAGAUGACUGUGCUGAUAGUAGACUUGGCUCCUCCUCUGAGUCUGAUAGUAAAGAAAAUGCUGGUGCAGAAAGGAGAGAACUUCCAGAGCAGCUUUCAGGAUGUCCUGUAGGUAACAUGGAGGCACUUCCACACAUGUCAGACAUUAAAGAAGAAUCGAGAGAAAUACCAGUAGCCAUGGUGGAAGGCGAAGAGGCCAGAAACACCUCUGAUCUGGUGCCCUCUGAUUUUACAGACGUGAAGGAGCUCGAAGAAUUUCCCUUGGAAUCAGAAAAUGAGAAAAUGCUCGACAUUUUGGGUGACACUUGUAAAUCUGAGCCCCUUAAAGAAGAAGCUCCUGAAGCAGAGCAGGCACAGGAAGAGAAUAUCUCGUUGCCGGUCAAACAGGAAGCCCAGGAAGAGGAAGACACACUUGCCACUGCCGUCGCUCAGUCGGACGAAGAGCUUUUAGAUACGGACAGCCAGUCAGGCCAGGCUGCGGCCAGGAGCGAGGAGGAUGAAGCGAAGCACUUAGUGGUAGCGAAAGGGGAGCCGAGCGAAGAGACAGUAGAGGAAGCUAACCUGGACUCUGACUCUUUAGCGGUAGAGAGCAGGUGUGGUGGAGGAGGAGGAGGAGGAGGAGAAGGAAGUGGUGAGAGUAGCAAAGCAGCCCAAAGUCUGGAAGCCAGUAGUGAGGAAACUGCGGAGAAGGACGCAGGUUUCCAGGUGGUUAGCCAAGAUGCCGAGAAGAUGGAAGCCAAGGCUAAUUGUGAGGAAGAGUCCUCUGCCCAAGAGGGUGGUGAUCAGAACACGAGCUCUAAUAAGGAUUCAGAGGCUAAAAGUGUUUCAAAGGAUGAGAAAGGUCGGGCUGGUGGUAGUUCUAGCAGAAAUCUGUGGGUUAGUGGUCUUUCCUCUUCAACCAGAGCUACAGAUCUGAAGAACCUAUUUAGCAAAUAUGGAAAGGUGGUGGGUGCAAAAGUGGUGACCAAUGCCCGCAGUCCCGGCGCUCGCUGUUAUGGCUUUGUCACCAUGUCUUCAUCCGAGGAAGCGACUAAAUGCAUCAACCAUCUGCAUCGGACAGAACUGCAUGGGAAAAUGAUUUCCGUUGAAAAAGCCAAAAAUGAACCUGCCGGGAAAAAAGCAUCAUCAGACAAGAAAGAAACAGAAGCCAAGAAGGAGAAGGACAGGCGUCACUCAACGGACUCCAAAUCGGAAAAGUCUCCUAGCCUUAAGAAAGAAGAAAAACUGGAGAAAAAGGAUGACCCCAAAAAGUCAGAAGAGAAAGGGGUGGGAGACGGGAAAGAGGGGAUUGAAACGGAGGAGCAAAAAAAGGGAUCCUCUGACCGUUCGCGAUCGAUUAAAUCAGAAAGCCGAGGAAGAGAGCGGACGGUGGUCAUGGACAAGUCCAAAGGAGAGCCGGUGAUUAGUGUGAAAACUACAACCACAUCAAAAGAGAGAAGCACAAAAAGCCACGACCGCAAGUCGGAGAGCAAAGAGAAGCAGGACAUUCUGUCUUUUGACAAAAUCAAAGAGCAGCGUGAACGAGAGCGGCAGAGGCAACGGGAGAGAGAAAUCCGAGAGACCGAGCGGAGGAGGGAGCGGGAGCGCCGGGAGCGGGAGCAGCACAUCCAGGCCGUCCGGGAGCGGGACGAGAGGCAGAAGCUGCAGUGGGAGCGGGAGCGGCUGCAGUUCCAGCGGCAGCGUCUGGAGCGGGAGCGGAUGGAGCGGGAGAGGCUGGAGCGGGAGCGGAUGCACAUCGAGCACGAGAGGAGGCGGGAGCAGGAGCGCAUCCAGCGCGAGAGGGAGGAGCUGCGCCGGCAGCAUGAACAGCUGCGCUACGAGCAGGAGCGCCGCUCGGCUUUGAGGCGGCCGUACGACACGGACGGGAGGCGGGACGACUCGUAUUGGCCUGAAGCGAAGCGGGUGGCCCUGGAUGAUGGGUACCACUCUGACUUCAGUCGACCAGAUCGCUUCCAUGGCUUUGACCACAGAGACCGCAGCCGGUACCAGGACCACUCGGUAGACAGGAGAGAAAGUUCAAGAACUGUGCCAGAUCGGGAUGGACAGCACUACUCUGACGAGCGGCACGGAGGGCCUGACCGCCACUCGCGGGACAGCUGGGGAAGUUACGGGUCGGAGAGGAGGCUCAGCAAAGGGCGAGGGUUGCCUCUGCCGUCCCGAGACGGGCGCGACUGGGGAGAUCACAGCCGCAAACUUGAAGGUCACCAAGACCGUUCCUGGCAGGGCAGUGUGGAAGAAGGGAUCAUCGGCCGGGAGCAUGAAAGGUGGCAAGCUGGUGAGAGGAGUGCCCCUGCUCAGUCAGGGCCUGGCCAUGUGAUAAACAGAGGAGGAAUGUCGGGGCGCGGAGGGUUCGUGCAGGGUGCCGCCCCAGCUCCAGUGGCACAGGGAGCCAGUCUGCCAAGCAGUUUUGCCAGCCCAGAUAGAACAAGCCGCCCCAGCGACCCUCGAUUCACCCGGCGCUAUUGAGGACUUUUUGCUUCUUCGCCACGGCGCGGCAACUGCAUCGAAUUUUGAUUCCUGGUCAUCGCCUUGAACUUUUGCCAACUGAAACGAAACCACAGCGCCCUAUCUUAAAGCUUGCGUAUGACGUGAACUCAAGUGUGUUUUGUUGCCUCCCAUCCCCCCCCAACGUGUUCUUAGCAGGACACCAGUCAGUUGUUUCGGAGGAAACAUUCCAUUUUCCAUGAACAAUAAAUCUGUAUUGCACUUGUGAA